AAUUAAUCAAAAGUUGCAUUUUCCUCAUAGGGGUCCCUGCAAAUGCGGAACAAAACCGGAUUCUCAGAUUGACCGGAGAAGCAAGAAAGGAACUCACAGCACAUCAGCCAUGGGUUCCGAUCCUGAAAAGUUGAUCAGCAAAGCCGAUAAACUGACAAAACUAAGUUUUACCAGGUGGAGUACUGAUUGGAAAAGUGCUACUGGUUUGUAUGAGCAGGCAGCUAAUGGAUUUAGGCUUGCUAAAAGUUAUGAGAAAGCAAAAGAAGCAUUUGAAAAAGCUUCAAAAGGACAAGAGAUGCUUUCCUCACCUUGGGAUGCUGCUAAACACAUGGAGUCUGCUGCUACCAUGGCAAAGGAUUUAGGCAACUGGAAAGAAGUUGCUGACUUUUAUAGAAGGGCCUCUGAGUUGUACAAUGAAUGUGGGAGGGCCCAACCUGCGUCUGAUGCACUUGGAAAAGGCGCACGCGCUUUAGAAGAUGGAGCACCUGAUGUAGCUGUUCAGUUGUAUACUGAAGCCUGUUCCAUUCUUGAAGAGGACGGGAAGGAACAAAUGGCCUUUGAUCUAUAUCGUGAUGCUGCAAGGGUUUAUCUGAAGCUUGAAAAGUAUGAAGAUGCUGCAACUAUCCUAAUAAGUUUGGCAUUAGCUGCUGACAAGUGCAGCGCAACACAUAGCCAGUGCAAGGCUUAUCUAAGUGCAAUCAUUGUGUACCUAUACGCCCACGACUUUAAGCAAGCGGAGAAGUGCUACAAUGAUUGUUGUCAGGUUGAAGUUUUCCUGAAUAGCGAUCAAGGUCGCUGUGCUGGUAAACUUCUUUCUGCAUAUGCUGAAGGCGAUGUUGAGGACAUUAAACGUGUGUCACAAUCAAGCACUGUAUCAAAUCUUGAUCACACGAUCAUCAAGAUUGCAAGGAAACUGCCUACAGGGGAUGUUAGUGCGCUCAAGAAUGAAACCAUGAAAGACAAUGAAGAACCUUUGGAUGAGGAUGAUCUGACCUAAACUAUCACUAGUUGAUGGAAUGAGUCUAAGCUUCAUGUGUGCAGAGUUUAUGUUCUGGAACAUCUAAUCUUGCUUUUACUAUCCUGCUAGAUUUGUUAACUAUAUCAUGAGAAAAUGUCUUGAGGAAAACCCUGUACAGAAGAAUGUUACAAACCCUCCCUUGGUGGAUUGCUUUGCAGAUUGGAAGCUUUUGUUCAUGGAUGUAGUUUCAUUUUUUAUAGAAGCUAUUUGGUAUUGUUUGGAUUA